AUGUCUGCCCUUCCUCCAGAUGAACAUAGAGGUCCUACCUCUGAGGAAGGGAGUUGGGACAUCCUGUCUUCCCGCUCCGGUGAGGUAGCCUCUCACUCCUCCGACUUCAACGGAGUUGGUACAGCAUUUGGGGAUCUCGACUCACACCCUUCCGAUAUGAGUCUUUCACUUUCCGCUGACAGCCAUGAGGUCACACUGGCUUUCCAAGAGCGAGACGACAUCCUGAAAGCAAAGCUUGCCAGCGUUGAAACUCAAAUCGACUACAUGACCAGUACUGCUAAUUUCCCCAACCUCUCUUCGGAAGAGAUUAUGAGCCGUCGCGAAGCUCGCGAGCAAGCCCGAGCCGAUCUUGUCAGGCUCAAAGAGGAGAACCAGGCCAACCGCGUUCGUUACGACGAACUCAGAGAGGAUCUUAUCAACUCUACCGAUGGCAACCUCACCCCUGCACAGGUUUUGGCCAAGAUUAAGGAAUUGGACCGAGUUGAGGUAGACCUUGCCGAAAGCAACGCGGUGCUGCGUCGCAUGAGUGAAGCCCAAGGUGACUCCUCGUCCGGUAGUGAUGGGGAUGAUGAGGCAUCAUCUGAAGAGGAUUCGUCUGAUGACUCGGACGAAUCCAGCGUCCAUGGAACCACCUCAGAGUCCGACAGCGAUGGUCCACGGGAAUAG